GUGAUUUCAAGAUAUGUAGUUUUAUUUGGCCGAAUAAACAUGGAGUUCUAUCGAAAUGACUUAUUGUCAUAAUGCAUCCUAAAAACGGCCUUGAACAUCUUUUAAAAUCCAGCAACGACGGCAAAAUUGUGCUUUUAAAGAAAGACGGUUUGGAUAAUUCCAGCAGAUCCAAGCUGGUCAGAGUCAUAAUAGAUCACUUAAUGACGGUUAAUGAUCCAUCAAUAAAAAUUCCAGAUCUGUUUCGCCCUGUAGCAGAAGAAAUCGUGAGACUGUUCCCAGGUGAACGGAUAGAAUCGUAUUAUAUUCCAUACUGCAAAACAGACCAGGGGAAGAAACGCCCAACUAGAGGAAAACUAUAUGCAAGAUACGCAAACUGCAAGAGGGCGCUAGUUUUGGCACAAGUACAGCCUUCACAAGAAGAUUCCUCGGAGUAUAAUGUUGGGAUUGGCCCAAUGAACGUAAUGGCAUCUGAUUCCGAAAAAGAGUGCUACAAGGAGUUGCAACAACCCAGCGACGACUUUGAACGGAUUUUUCAACUUUGGCAACAUACUAGAAGGCUUAGAACGAUGAAUUUGAAGUUAGCAAGUUCACCGCUAAUAUAUGUGUCUGCACUACCAUGCUUAACCAAAUCAUUUGGGUACAGAUUGUUAGUUGACGACUUCAAUGAAAAAUAUCCGCACGUAAAAGACAUAAGUAUACAUAAAGCAUGGCAAAAGAUGUCUGUUGCUUUAAUAGAGUUUGCAAAAAGUAAAAACAUACAAACUCGAGACAUGCAAUAUGCAAGCGAAUUUGCUGACAAAAAUCUAUUCAGCCUGAGAUUGCUGCCCUGGUUCUUUAAGCCUUCAACAAACAGAGGCAAAGGCAUGAAGAAAUGUUACAAGCUCAGCAGACAAGAAAUGACGGAAAAGUUUCUUCCUAUCGUAUCUACUACUAGAGAAAUGGAGGCCCGCAUAAAAAUCACAAUCGAUAACCUGAAGUUCUUCGAUCUCUCCAUAGCACCAUUCAUGAUAGCUCUUGGAGAACCUUCCAAAGUAACUAAUUACUUUGUGGUACUGAACAACGAUAUCAAAUACCAAUUUGGCGACUGCCUGUCAGCCUUGGAAGUGACUCUCAAAAUUAUGCAUGCAUUGGAUCUGUCUCCACCACCAGAAAUAAAGGACAUUUGGGAAGCCAUUGAUCAUCUGGUUUACAAAGUCAGUUCAUCUAUGAGGCCAGGAACCAGCGUUUUUCUGUCUGAAUUUUGUCCCAAGUUGAGAAAUUGUUAAAUAUCCAAUGUUGUCAAACGUAAUGCAGCACAGGCGGUGAGCUCAAGGAGCGAGAAAGUAAUCGCCUAACUGCAUUCCAGUGGUUUUAGGUUUGAGGGCGAUAUGCUCUCGAACUACCCCGGAAAGUACUCGUAUGUAGGUUUUAGUUACAAUUUAGCUUGAAUAGAUCCUAAAUGUUGUGUUGUAUUAUGCUGUACUUCCACUUUCUAUGUAUAAAUAAACGAGUGAAACAUAACAAUUCUGUUAAUAAGCCCGGUUUAUCG